AUGGCUUCGUAUAUGCCUCCUUCCGACUUUUCCAACGGUGGAAAUGGGAAUCUCUAUGGGAGCGGCAACUACAAUGCCAACAAUCUUGGUGGUUACAUGGGAGCAAAUAGUGUGUAUGGAGGCAAUGAAGCGCCUCAACAGGUCCCCUAUGGAGACGCUAUGCAUGCGGAAGGAUAUCCCAAGUCUGAGAAUCCUCAGCUAAACUUUAACAUGAUGAUGAGUCCGGGGAUGCAAAAGCCCAUGGACUAUGGCAACGUUCAGCCAGAUAUUAGCUACCCAGUUUAUCCUCAGAAUAUUCCUGCGGGAGGAGCUGGUCAAGCUGGGAAUCCCAUGGUGACAAACGAUAUGUUUACACAGUUUAAAAAUGGGCAGUACUUUAGGAAUGAGAACCUCCCUCUACGGCCCUUGACUCUGGAGAGAGAUUAUCUAUACAGCAAAAGCAUUCUAAAGUCAAACCUCUCUUUUAAGGAGGCAGCAACUGCAAUGUUGUCAAUGGCCUCAUCCUCCAAAAAGAGUACUUCUGGUGGCUCUGGUAAAAUUAGAGCUACAGCAAAAGCCAGAAAGAGCACUGUGAGUGUUCCUAAACAAAAUGUACCAUACAAGAGCGCUUCUGGCACUCAGGAACCUCCUAGUGUUCGUACUCCAGACGAGGCAAAGCCUGGCGCCAUUUUUCCUGGAAUGAUGGGUGAACAAUUAACUCCCUCGCUUGUGAGCGAAAAUGGUACCCCAAUGAACUGGGUGCCUAUUAAAAAGAUGACUAGUACCACACUCACACCAAGGAAUAAACAGUUUGGACCAAUGCCAAAGGGUGGAGCUGUUGGAGCUCCAAAGAAUGAAAUGUUUGGAAAGAUGAAUGUGGUUGAGGAGAUGAACCUUGAAAAGGAAAUGACACCAAAUGUUAAACGGAAUACAUCCUCCUCCGCUGCUAUCAUGAUGGAGACAUUUCAGAUUUUACUCUCCAAUAAAAAAAAGAGAAUUCGCAAUUGUUUGGUAGAGGACUGUCGGCAUUCGAUAGGAGAGCAGCCAAAGAUUGAUGUACAGUAUAAUAGUUUGGAUGUUGGUGGCGAAAAGGUGUAUCAGCUGAGUGAGAUUUUGUCAUCCUUGCUCCCAUAUCACCUGUUUUACUUUGAGAAUAUUCUGGAAAAGUUUGUACCCUUUCAGCCUGAGGGGUACAAGGGUGUGAAGGAAGACGUGGAUAAACUUGACAAGGAAGUUGAGAUGAUUUUAAAUGGAUGUGAAGAAGCGGAAAGCCUGAGAUCGGUAAGUGUUUGCAUAAUCGUCGCAAGAUGGAAUGAAUGCGUUAUCACAACGGGCUCAUCAGGAUUAGUUUGUGUAGAAUAG